CAUGGAGCACAGCCGUGUCUUGUGAAUGCUGAAAAGGUCACUACCCGAGCAGCAGUGGUCUCACUGAGGCGGAUCUAUUUUUUUCAUUUUUUUUGUCAGAUUCAAAGCACAGGGUUUAUAAAUACUGCUGUAGACUCCGGGUCUCGGAAAUCAGCAAGCUAUCAGCGGGUUGUGUGUAAAUCUGUGCAUCAUGUUGGUGGAUUUUGAGAAGCUGCGGAUGACAGGAGCUGGGAAAGCCAUUGCUGUUCUCACAAGCGGUGGAGAUGCACAAGGAAUGAAUGCAGCUGUUCGUGCUGUAACACGAAUGGGCAUUUAUGUUGGAGCCAAAGUCUACCUGAUCUAUGAGGGAUAUCAAGGACUUGUGGAUGGUGGUGACAACAUCAAACCUGCCAACUGGCAAAGCGUGAGCAACAUCAUCCAACUGGGUGGCACAAUUAUUGGCAGUGCCCGCUGUAAGGAUUUCACUACGAGAGAGGGUCGCCUGGCAGCUGCCUUCCACCUGGUGCAGCGCGGCAUCACUAAUUUAUGUGUGUGUGGUGGAGAUGGCAGCCUCACCGGAGCCAACAUCUUCCGCAAUGAGUGGGGUGACCUGCUGGCACAGCUAGUACAGGAAGGGAGAAUCACAGACUCAUUGGCUCAGCAGCACACCCAUCUGAACAUUGUGGGUCUCGUGGGUUCUAUUGAUAACGACUUCUGUGGAACAGACAUGACCAUUGGAGCUGAUUCUGCCUUGCAUCGCAUCAUGGAGGUCAUUGAUGCAAUCUCCACUACUGCACAGAGUCAUCAGAGGACAUUUGUCCUGGAAGUGAUGGGACGUCAUUGCGGGUACCUGGCUGUCGUGUCUGCUCUGGCAUCUGGUGCUGACUGGGUCUUUAUCCCCGAGGCUCCUCCAGAGGAAGGUUGGGAGGACCACAUGUGUGCUCGUCUGGGAGAGAGCCGCAGUAAGGGCUCUCGUCUCAAUAUUGUGAUCAUUGCAGAAGGAGCUAUUGAUAAACAUGGCGAGCCCAUAACCUCCAACUAUGUGAAGGAUCUUGUAGUGAACAGACUGGGUUAUGACACUCGGGUCACUGUGUUGGGGCAUGUACAGAGAGGAGGAACACCUUCCGCCUUCGACCGGGUGCUGAGCAGUAAGUUGGGGGUCGAGGCAGUUGUGGCCCUGCUGGAGGCAACUCCAGACACUCCAGCGUGUGUGAUCGGUCUGUCUGGUAACCAGGCCAUGCGUCUCCCUCUUAUGGAGUGUGUCAAUAUGACGAAGGAGGUGCAGAAAGCCAUGAAUGAGAAACGAUUUGAUGAAGCCAUUCAGCUACGUGGAAAGAGCUUUGAGAACAACUGGAACACCUAUAAACUCCUGGCUCACCAGAAACCAGCUCAGUCAAAGAGUGAACACUCCAUGGCGAUUUUAAAUGUAGGCGCCCCUGCAGCUGGGAUGAACGCAGCUGUGAGGUCAGCAGUCAGAGUGGGUCUUGCUCAGGGCCUCAGAGUUUACACAGUCAACGAUGGCUUUGAAGGCCUGGCCAAAGACAUGGUGACUGAAGUGCACUGGCAUGAUGUAGCAGGCUGGACCGGCCAGGGAGGCUCACUGCUCGGGACUAAAAGAACCCUGCCAAACUCUUGCAUGGAAAAAAUUGUGGAAAGUAUUGGCAAGUACAACAUCCAGUCGCUUUUGGUUAUCGGUGGAUUUGAGGCCUAUGAGGGAGUUCUCCAGCUGGUGGAGGCGCGGGGACAUUAUGAUGAGCUCUGCAUUGUUAUGUGUGUGAUUCCUGCCACUAUAAGUAACAAUGUGCCAGGGACAAACUUCAGUAUUGGAGCAGACACAGCUGUCAACGCUGCUAUGGAGAGCUGUGACAAAAUCAAGCAGUCCGCAUCUGGAACCAAAAGGCGUGUCUUUGUUGUAGAGACUAUGGGUGGGUUUUGUGGAUAUCUGGCAACAACCACAGGCAUUGCUGUUGGGGCAGAUGCAGCUUAUGUCUUUGAAGAAUCCUUCAGUAUCCAUGACUUAAAGAUGAAUGUGGAGCAUUUGACGGAGAAGAUGAAGAAUGACAUUCAGCGGGGCCUAGUGCUGAGGAAUGAGAAGUGCCACAAACACUACACAACAGAAUUCAUCCACAACUUGUACUCAGCCGAGGGGAAGGGUAUCUUCGACUGCAGGGUUAAUAUACUGGGACAUUUGCAGCAGGGUGGGGUUCCAACACCCUUUGACAGGAACUUUGGCACUAAAAUGGGUGUGAAAGCUGUGUUGUGGCUCACCCAGAAAAUGAAAGAGACCUACAGACAAGGACGUGUGUUUGCCAAUGCGCCAGACACAGCAUGCGUUAUUGGCAUGAACAGAAAAAUGAUGUCAUUUAGCCCAGUCACAGAGCUCAAAGACCAUACCGACUUCGAACACAGGAUGCCAAAGGAGCAGUGGUGGCUAAAUCUGCGUGUCAUGCUGAAAAUGCUUGCAAAGUACCAGACUCACUUUGAGGAGUAUGUUACAGGAGAUAUAGAGCAUGUGACCCGCAGGUCCCUCAGUAUAGAGACGGGAUUCUGAAGAGCUGAAACCAGGCACCAGUACUAACAACCCUGACUAUACCGAAUACAGUGUAUCCCAGUCAAUAAAUCCAGUGACCACUAUCAAAACAGUGCUUACCUCAGUAGCUUACUGUUUAUCCAAUGUUAUGUUUCUGUACCCUCAUGACAUACUUCGCAUCACGUUUCUCAGAAUGGCAAUCUGUAAUACUGGAUUUGUUUCCUUUACUCACAGAUUUCACAGAUGGAAGUGUAGAGUAUCGGUAUCUUUUUGAUUUAGUGUUAAAUGCUGUAACGGUACAUGUGCACUAUGUAGUAUUAAUUGCACAUUUAAUCAUGGAAUCCUGUGUGGUAUUGUGUUUUAUGGCAUUCCACAUGCAUUACUGUAACACUUUAAUCAUGACUUGUCAUGUUUGUUAGGCUUGUAAUUAAAAUGCUGCAAAUUAAACUUAAGAAAACAGUAAAAACAUCCUGUAAUUUAAAUAUGAAUGCAUUCAAAUUAAUUUAUAACAUUUUCUAAUAUUCACUAGAUCUGUGAAGCACCAGAUCUCAUUUCAAAAUGAAUUUAUCAGCCUUCUAAAGAGAAGUCUAAAUGUUUCUAAAUAAAUUUAGUUUGCUUUUUUGGAGAGUGAAAUUAAUUUUUGAACUUUGAAUGCUGUUUGGGUUAUACAUUCUAAUUAUGCUUUCCAACUAAAGUUGUUCUGAUAAUAUAUUUUUUUCAAUUAUUGAUGAUUGCCAUAGUAUUGUGUAAGUUAACUUUUGUUACUUCUUGUUUAUUUGGCAGCUGUAAAAUCCACUGUAAUGUGCAAUCUGAGUGAUCAGCUGCCCUUUCUCUCUCUCUCUCUCUUGAUAUUUCACUGUUCCGUAGAAAUGUUAAUAAAUUGCAUUAGUUAUUGUC